AUGGAGUUUGAGGCUGAAAAGAAACAACGAGACGGUUCCAAGUCGCAGGUCUGGUCUAAUCUACGCCCUACGGGCUACUCCUGGGCCGCUCCGAAUCCACCCUUGGCUGGGCCGGGCCCCAGUCACCGGUGGCCCGUUCCGAGCCGCGUCUCGCGGGACACCCCUCCAUCUCCGGCGCUCCCUGCCCUCCGGCUGCAGGCUCUCGGGCGGUCCCCGCCCGCAGGCCCGCCCCGCCCUCGGCCCCGCCCCCAGCCGCCCGCAGGGCCCGCCCCCGAGCCCGCGCGCCAGGCCCGGGCGGCGCCGACGCGCUUGGCGGGAGAUAGAAAAGUGCCUCUGCGCGCGCCGGCCGCGGCGGAGCUCUUUACGGGCGGCGGCGGGCGCUGCGACGCGCCGGCGCCUCCCGGAGCGGCCCCGGGGCCCGGAGCGGCCCGAGCACUUGCGCCCUGA